AUGAGCUCACACAACGACAACCCUUCUCGCAAGAACCCCAACGACGAAGACGACGACGUCGAAAUGAUCGACGUUUCAUCGGCAUCUCGUUCUGCUUCCUCCUCCCCCGAGCCAAAUGACGAGAACCAACCUCCCUCUACCCAGGGCGAGAACCCUCCUUCCUCGAUGUUCAACUGGCAAUCAUACAACGGCUCCCGACGGGCGCCUCUACUGCAGUUGAACUCUCUCCCCGGUAGUCUCGGGUCUUUGGCACCGCCCUUGCCUGAUGAUUCGGAGGAUGACUUGGAAGAGUACGUGAGACCUGCUUCUUCCCGCCGCGGGACUCCUUCGCCAAACAGCCAGGCUCGAGAAGCCGUCGGAGGGGCAAGGUCUGCAUCUGGUGGCGGACUUGGACUUGGUGGUUCGUUCCUGCGGACUCGUGGGGGCUUUGAGUCUUUUGAUGGUAGUCGUAAUAGUGGAAGGAGGAACGAUGGGACUUCUAGUGGUGGCGGAGGGAGAAGAGCGGCAGGGUCAAGGGCAGAACGUAAGGAGGUCACGAGGGAAAGCUCAACUUCUGACGAUAGAGCGCCCACGCCAGAGGAGGAGGGCAACGAGGAAGACCGCGAGUAG